UUAAGCUAGCAGAAUUUUAUUUAUUAUGAAAUUCCCAUAACCAUUAACAAUGCCCGAUACCAAACGUCGUGAAGCACAUCAUCCAUGUUUCCUCAUCAAACUCGUAUAGUCAGUUCUCGCGUAGAUUCUGCUUUGAUUUCCACAUUUUGCAAUUAGGGAAGGUGUCGAUAUUUCGGACAGUACUUCAUGUAUUUUGGAAAUGCUCAUUAUCUUACCACUAAACUUAGGCAUUGGACUACAUGUAUACAUAUUGGUUGAUUUGACAAACAUUGGGUUUCAUCAGAAUUUUCUCUGCUAUUUAUGCCACAUACUAACACUUAAAUAAAGUUAGGGAGAAUGUUGCAACUAUGGACAAUGGUGUUAGUUUUGAACACAUGGUGUUAUAAAAUUGGUAAACUCGGUUGCUGUCUUUUAUUUAUGGUUCACUGACAUUUUAUGCUUUUGUUUUUUGCACAUUAUCUUAAUUUAUAUAUGAUAGUGAUUUUGAUUAUAUUUUUAAAUGAUAUCGGUAGAUCUAGUUUACCAGAAAACGUUUCAACGGGACUUGAUUUUGCCGAUCAAACAAAAUGGAUGCUGACAUCAACCAAUCAGAGCUGAGUUACACAUGUGCAUAUAAUUAGGUGUUUUCCAGUUUGUAAAUACAGCAUUAGUUCAGAAAUAAGUUAAAUUGAGAAUGCUUCUGAUUGACUGUCAAAAAUAUCGCAUCCGUCCGAAAUAUCAACACUUUCCCCUACUGAAGAACACAACUUGCACACUGGAUGCCCCGAAUUCUCUUGUUUCCUCGCUUCUCGUAUAGACAACAUUUCUCCAUCUCGAUCUUGCAGAUCACUAUUCCGAAUUGUGAGUCGAAUUCAAUGUUAAACUCACUUGUAAUUAAUCAAUAAAACAAUCAUGAUUCUUGUACUUAUUAAUAUCGAUUAAAAGAAAAUAUCAAUCCAAAAUUCGAUAUUAAACAGAAGCCAACAAUUGUAGUCAACCGAAUUUUCACUGCCAUUUGAGCAAACGAGUCUCGUGACUCAAAACAAAGCUCGACAGUUUGAUAAAAUGUUUUCAAGAGACUGUUUGUGUGAUGAAAGAACCCAUAAAAUCGAUAUUAGCUGAUGAAGGAGAGGAGGGGAUGCACGAGGAUUUUGAUUUUAAGCUUCUGAUUGACAUCCAGAAUGGCUGCCCAGUAAGGUCACUGUCGUGGUCACCUGUUACUUCUUAUAAAUCGUACGAGCAGCCAGAUAUACUACGAAUAGCAGCAGCUGGAAGUGACAACAGAAUUAAGAUAUUUACGACAGACCUUGUUGAAGGGACUGAUGCUGAGGUUUUGGAGGGUCACACUGACUUUAUAAAUUCACUGACCUAUAAUCCAGAAAAUGGAGAUAUACUGGCCUCAACAGGGGAUGAUUACACAUGUCGACUGUGGGGAAAUGAUGGCUCUCAGCAGGCCUGCUUCCAGCUCAGCGCUCCAGGGAUGUCAGUCUGCAUCCAUGAAAAAGAGUCAGGGAAGGUUGUGGUGGCUCAAAAGAAUGGGGUAAUUAAGAUUUUCAGCCUUGACCUUCAGCAUCAGAUUAGUUCUUGUGAUUGUGGAAUCUCACCUCUGAUGGGGAUAGACUGGUGUCGGGCAAAUGAGGACAUCAUAGGGGCAGUAGCUGGCACUGAAUGGCUGGUGUUCCAACUAUCUAGGUCAAGUCAACCGUUAGAGAGAAGGCAGGCCCACACAGAUGGUGUUCGAGACAUUAAGUGGUGCAAGAGCCAGUCCAACUUACUGGCCACGUCUGGUCGCCCAGGGAGACAGGUCAAAGUGUUCAAUACCAGACAUCAUCAGAUUCCCCUGAGUACUUCACUAAAAGUGUCCUAUGGGAUGAGUUGGCAUGCUCAGUUACCGGUGCUAGCUGUGGGAGGGGACGCUCACGUACACCUGUAUUACAUCGAGCCUGCCAAACAACAGACAUGACACGGUCACACUACAGUGAAUAUCGCAGGCAAACAACAGACAUGACACGGUCACACUACAGUGAAUCGUAGCCAAACAACAGACAUGACACAGUCACACUACAGUGAAUAUCGCAUCCAAAUAACAGACAUGACACGGUCACACUACAGUGAAUAUCAUAGGCAAACAACAGACAUGACACGGUCACACUACAGUGAAUAUCGCAACCAAACAACAGACAUGACACGGUCACACUACAGUGAAUAUCAUAGGCAAACAACAGACAUGACACGGUCACACUACAGUGAAUAUCAUAGGCAAACAACAGACAUGACACAGUCACACUACAGUGAAUAUCGCAGCCAAACAACAGACACGACACGGUCACACUACAGUGAUUAUCAUAGGCAAACAACAGACAUGACACAGUCACACUACAGUGAAUAUCGCAGCCAAACAACAGACAUGACACGGUCACACUACAGUGAAUAUCAUAGGCAAACAACAGACAUGACACGGUCACACUACAGUGAAUAUCGCAGGCAAACAACAGACAUGACACGGUCACACUACAGUGAAUAUCGCAGGCACAUACUGGGAACUGCACUAUAGUAGGGGACUACACUGCAGUGAAUAUUGCUGUAGAGUGACACACAUUAUAUACAUUUGCUGUUGAUUUAAGACUUGAGUAGAAGAAAGUGACAGCAAAGAAGAACUAUUAUGAACUAUCUUGAAUUUUUUAAUAUGCAAAUUUGCAAUGUUGACCAUACAAAAUUGAUCAACUUGGACAAAAUUCAAAUUGUUAACACUGAAAUAUUUGU